AUGUUGGCUGCCGUGGAACAUGGUCCCAUCCUCUGCAGCGACUCCAACAUCCUCUGCCUCUCAUGGAAAGGCCGGGUCCCCAAGAGCGAGAAGGACAAGCCGGUGUGCCGCAGACGCUACUAUGAGGAGGGCUGGCUCGCCACGGGGAAUGGGAGAGGAGUUGUUGGGGUGACGUUUACAUCUAGUCACUGCAGGAGGGAUAGAAGUACACCUCAGAGAAUCAAUUUUAAUCUGCGUGGACACAACAGCGAGGUUGUCUUGGUGCGUUGGAAUGAACCCUUUCAGAAGCUCGCCACAUGUGAUAUGGAAGGAGGUAUUUUUGUUUGGAUCCAGUAUGAAGGAAGAUGGUCUGUGGAGUUAGUCAAUGACCGAGGAGCCCAGGUGAGUGACUUUACUUGGUCACAUGAUGGCACUCAAGCCCUCAUCGCAUACAGGGACGGCUUUGUGUUGGUUGGCUCGGUCAGCGGACAAAGACACUGGUCCUCAGAGAUUAACCUGGAGAGUCAAAUCACCUGUGGCAUCUGGACACCAGAUGAUCAGCAGGUCUUAUUUGGUACAGCAGAUGGUCAAGUGAUCGUGAUGGACUGUCACGGCCGGAUGCUUGCCCAUGUUCUGCUACACGAGUCUGAUGGGAUUGUGAGUAUGUCCUGGAACUGCCCUGAUUUCCUGGUCGAGGACAGCACAGAGAGUGACACAGACUCUGAUGACAGUAUUCUGCCUUUAGGUAAAAAAAGUAAUUUCCUUCCUGCUCACACAACUGAAGUCAAGCCUUUGUUGACAGUCACCUUCUUAUCAGGAGACAUCAGUUUAAUGAACAACUAUGACGACCUCUCUCCUGCCGUAAUUCGCUCAGGGCUGAAAGAUGUUGAGGCUCAGUGGUGCUCCCAGGGCGACCUCCUGGCUGUGGCUGGCAUGGAGAGACAUGGGCUACCUGUCGACUCUGCCUGUGGACCCAUCAUGAGGAACGCCCUCGUUAAGUUCUAUAAUGUCCAAGGAGAGCACAUCUACACUUUGGAAACACCGGCACAGAGGCCCAUCACCACCAUCUGUUGGGGUCAUAGAGACUCUCGUUUGUUCCUUGCAUGUGGACCAGCGCUGUAUGUGGUGCGUGUAGAGCACAGGGUGGCCAGCCUCCAACUCUUAUGCCAGCAGGGCAUCGCCAGCGCCCUGCGAGAAGAGAAAGAUGUGGGGAAACUGAACAUGCCCUCGCUGCUCUGCUCUUAUGUGACCACUGCUUUCAUACCCACCAUCAAGCCCCCAAUUCCUGACCCCAACAACAUCCGUGACUUUGUCAGCUAUCCCACAGCUGGGAAUGAGAGGCUCCACUGCACCAUGAAGCGAGCAGAGGACAGCCCCGAGGCAGGCGGUCCCUGCUACACACUCUACCUAGAAUAUUUAGGAGGACUGGUACCUAUUCUCAAAGGAAGACGUAUUAGUAAACUACGACCUGAGUUUGUCAUUAUGGAUCCAAAAACAGACAGCAAAGCAGAGGAAGUGUGUGUGAAUCCCAUGAUCUCGUACACUGACAGCUGUAACUGCUCUGACUCCAGUGACAUUGAGUUGAGCGACGAAUGGGUUGGGAAGAAGUCACCGAAGUUGUCCCGAGGAAACAGGUCACCUAAACUUCAAAGAAUGAACAUGGAUUCAAGAAAAUCUCCAAAACUUUCACAUGCCAAUCAGGAAGGCCAACGAUCGCCACGGUUACCGACAAAGAAGCCUCCAAUUCGGUCCCCGAGUCUGACACGUCGAGAGUUUUCUAUGGAUGGAAUCACAGAGCACAAUUACCUUGCUCAAGUCACAUCCAACAUCUGGGGGACAAAGUUCAAAAUUGUUGGACUUGCUUCUUUCCUCCCUGCCAAUCUUGGUGCAGUCAUCUAUAAGACCAGUUUGCUUCAUUUGCAACCGAGGCAGAUGACAAUUUACCUUCCAGAAGUGCGAAAGAUUUCACAUGACUUCAUGAGCCUACCAGUGUUCAAUCCCAAUGUAUUCAGUGAGGAUGAGGAUGACUUACCAGUGAUGGGGCCAUCUGGAGUGGCAGGAGACAAUCCUCCCUGUACAGUCAACAUACCUAUUGCUCCCAUCCACAGCCCAGCUCAGGCCAUGUCCCCGACUCAGAGUAUUGGCCUGGUUCAGUCUCUAUUGGCCAAUCAGAAUAUUCAGCUUGAUGUCCUCACCAACCCUACAGCCACUGCAGCAGCAGCAGCUGCAGCAGCUGCAGCUUCUGUCCCUGUUUCUGAUCACGGCCAGGAUGCUGUUGCUACACCAUACCCAGUUCCAGCUAGAUACCCAAAUCCUGGUCAGGUGAUCUUCAAUGGGCUAGAGAUGGGUCCUCUUCUGCCUGGUACUUUACCUCCCCCACCUCCGCCUCACCAUCUUCCACCACAGCCACACCCACAGAGGUCUCAUUCACAGGGAGACCAUGGACACAUGCUGAAGCCAAGUCUGCCCCGGACUUUACCUCCCUCCUUCAGUGACGCAGAUGGGUCUAUAGAGAUUCAGAUGAGGAAGGUGAAUCCUCCACCUCCAUACCCUGGCACUGUAGUGUCUGCAGCAGCAGCCGCAGCCGCAGCUACAGCGGCAGCUACGCCUCAAACACUUGUCACAAACUGUGACAGCCCUAGUGUCCUGGCACCAGACCCCUGUCUGAAGAAAGACGAGUUCCUGCUUCACCCAGUGACCUUGCAGUACCCAACACCUCUGGGGUAUGAAAGGAUCACAACCUUUGACAGCAGUGGCAACGUGGAGGAAGUUUGUCGGCCACGAAGGCGGCUCAUUCGCAACCAAAAUGCAUACACUGUCCAUGGCAUCGGGGGCUCAGCCACACUCAAAGUCACUUCAUCUGAUAGUAAAAAAAUUCAGCUUCCGUACAGCUCAGCAACACUGAGUCGUCUUUCUGUCCCUCGAUACUCUAUACCUAGUGGGGACCCUCCUCCUUACCCUGAUCCAGCAAAUCAGGUAACCACUACACUUCCUCCUCCACAAAGAAUUGAUAAUAGUCUGAUUCAUGCCACUAUACGUCGUGACCGCAGAGAUAUGGGACUCAAAGUGCCACAGAUGAUGGAUAGCUCAAGAACCCUUCCCACUAAGGCUAAGAUGAACAGUGCAUUAGCACUCUCGUACCAGCAGAGGGUGCCCACUGCAUUGUACACAUGCACACAGUGCAGCAGUAACAGCAGCAGCACCAGCGUCAGUGUCAGUGGAGGUGGAACUACGAGUAGUGGCAUUGCAGGUGGCACGGUGGUGAGGCAAGACUUCCCCCCAGGGAAAGGAGCACAUCACAGUACUAUUAUUGUGCACUCCAAAAGUACCUCACCCCUGGCCUCCCAGUCAUCUUACAGUCUGCUGAGUGCUGUUGAUAACAGCCGGGACAGAACAGUGUAUGUUAACUCUGCUUUUACUGAAGAUGAGACUUUGAAUCAGCAGUGUCACCUCGAAAAAUCAGUACGCCAGCUGACUCUCGGUGAUGUCAGUUUGACAGUUAAACGCCCUCCGCCUUACCAAUGGGACCCCUCCACCACAGAGGAGUUCUGGCUCACACCAGAGCAAACCAUAUUAGGUCCCCCACCAGGACCUCAUAAACCUCCUCUCAUCAUUAGUCAAGCCCAGCACUUGGACAUGACUCGGCUACCUUUUGUCCUCACGACUAAACCUCCAUCCAGCCCAAGCACAAGCACUCUUACUUUCCCAUCAGGUUACCAGAUAUCUCUCUCGCCUUUUCCUCCAGGUGUGGGUCACAGUGGACCCCAACUUCAGACUUUACAGAACCCUCCACCACAGUGCUCUCCAAACGAAGUGGUUGGUCCAGUCCCUUUUGCUCAGCAGGACCCCAAUUUGGUUCUGCCACCAGGCUACCCCCCAAAUCUUGCUAACCUGGCUUGCUGCCCUCUCCCUCCGAUGUAUCCAGGAGCCAGUUCAUGUGCAGGACUUCAGCUGCACCCUGUAAACCUGCACCCCUGGAACCCUUACCCCUGCCCACCUCCCAUGCAAGACCCUCCAGCACCUCCCCUUCCUACUAAGACUCAUCAGAUUUUAGAGAAGCCAAUUCUCUCCCCACCCCCUCCAACUGCACCACCUCCGCCACCUCCUCUGCCUCCUCCUCCUCCACCUACCGAGCUACCACCUUCCAAAAGUGCCACAGAGGAUCUUGCAGAGUCUGCCAACAACUUUGCAGAGCCAUCAUCCUUAAAUGAAAGCCCUGUGCCACAGGAGUCAGAUCGCUUCAACAAGAAGAGCCGCAAAAGACUGGACAGCAGAGCUGAGGAGGCCAACUUGCCCACUGUCGCUGAGGGCAAAUCCAGAAAGGAAGGCCGUGCACUCUCUGACUUCAACACACUCAUUUCCAGCCCAAGGCUUGGCAGCAGAGAAAAGAAGAAGCCCAAGGGGCCGAGAGAGCAGCUCAACAAAACCAAGAAGAUGAGCCGGACAACAAAUGAGUUUCAGGAUAGUUCCGAGAGUGAGCCGGAGCUGUUCAUUAGCGGCGAUGAACUCAUGAACCAGAACCAGAGCAGCAAGAAGAGCUGGAAGAACAAACGCAGCCUGCGUAUGGCAAGUGAGCUGGAAGAAAUAAAGUGCCGCAAGGCGAAUGAAAGAGAGGACCGUAGUUUGGGCAGCCAAGGGUUUGUCUAUGUUAUGGCCAAUAAACAACCAUUAUGGAAUGAAGCCACCCAGGUCUACCAGCUUGACUUUGGAGGAAGAGUCACCCAGGAGUCAGCGAAGAAUUUUCAGAUUGAGCUGGAUGGUAGACAGGUGAUGCAGUUUGGGCGAAUUGAUGGGAAUGCCUAUAUUUUGGAUUUCCAGUAUCCUUUUUCAGCAGUGCAGGCAUUCGCUGUUUCCUUGGCCAAUGUGACUCAAAGGCUUAAGUGA